AUGGCGGACCCCCGCAGCCAUUUGACCAAUAGUCAGGAAGAAGAUCAUUUAAGUCCACACGAGUUUGUACAGCGACAGAUGGAAAAAAUGCGCAGUUUAGACGAGAGUGAGAGUGCAUCGAUCCUUGAGUCGGCACCGUCGCAUCGUAGCAGUAAUCACAGCGGGACCAGUGAAGUUACUGCGAAUAGGACGGUAUAUGAGAAGCUGCAGGCUUUGGUUUUGGCCGAACAUAUUAAAUCAGACGAACCAUCAAAUUCUGGAGGUCCUUUUAAAACCGAUGAAGACGACGAAGACGACGAUGAUACAUAUGAAAUCUCAUGGGAUGGAGGACCUUUGGGUCUUUUAUUCAAAGCAAAUGCUAAUGGAGAACCGGUUAUUCGACGGGUUAAUAAGAAAGGAGCAGCUACAGGAUUGCAAUAUGCUCGAGCAGGAGAUGUAUUGCUUGCAUUGAAUGGUGUGAGUGUAUCAGCUACACCAUUUAGUGAAGUGAUUGAACGACUCAAGACUCCGGAAUUUCCUGUGAAGUUGGAUUUCAGACCUUUAAAAUUAAGUGAUUUGGCAUCUGCUGCAUCGGAAGCGACGACCAAGUGGGGACUGCCACGUACAGGCUCUUCGAUUCAUAGUAGUGACGCGACGUCAGUAUUUUGUGGUUCACCAGUGUCGUCAAAUGCGACAGUGGAUCUACGUAGCCAUCGAGGAGGAGGAUGGCGAGAUACGUCAUCUACAUAUAUACCAGAAGCUCCAACUGAUGAGCCGACAAAUGUCGAGUACGAUGUGGUGUGGAAUGAAGGUCCACUCGGGUGUGAAUUGAAACAGCGAAAUGGGUUACCUACAGUCAAGUCAGUAACGGGUACGGGAGUGACGCCGUCUGUGGCACAGAUUGCAAUGGGAGACAUCCUCGUUAGUAUUAAUGGGUUACGGACAGAGGAAAUUGGGUUUCGAAGCACAGUGACGCUUAUGAUGCGAGCGACAAAGCCAGUUUAUCUGCGGUUUCACCGGGGUGGUGCACGUCAGACCGGAAGUAGCUUUAGUGACCUACCACCAAGUUAUAGAGGGCCACAGAACAAUAGAGGAUCGAUGCAGGAUGCUCUUGGAUCAGGCGGAGAAGUAGCUGCGUUGGAUUCGAAGCAGUAUACGGUAUUAUGGCGUGACGGCCCAUUAGGUAUCCAGAUUCGCACCUCUAGCAAAGGUUACGUGGUCGUGGCACGGCUCACAGGUGCAGGCGCCCCUAACGUUAACGAUACGGUGAAGCCAGGUGACAUUUUUUUACGCGUGGCCGGAGUCGAUGUUGAUGCAUUAGGCAUUGCUGGCGCUUUUGAACUACUAAAAACGGUACAAAAACCUGUCGUGCUUGUUUUUCGGCGGCGCGGGCGUGGCCAAUCUCGCUUGACCUCGCGCAGUAGGCAUUCUGGUCUACCUUCGCCAGCACCAGCACCAGCACCUUUGCCAUCGUCUUCAGCAGUACCUUCGUUUCGGCAAUUGCGCGAAGACCAAGCGGCAGCCGCUGGAACAGCGGGCCAUUCGCCCAUUGUUCAGACAAACGGCGGUGGUUUUAGCCCAGCACUGCAAAGCAACAGCCACGAGGGAUCAGUGAAGCAGUUUGGGGGCGCAAACUCGCAUGAAGUAGAGAACUACGCAGCGUCCGAAGAUUGUACUAGCCAACAGAGCUACGAUUAUCUUAGGGAUUCGCCGCGUUCGAAUGCGUCUCACCAGCAUCCUGGCUUCGUUAAUGUUGAUGAUGUCGCCCCGGACGAUGGCCUACCGAACUCUUCGCAUGUACCGCUUCCGCCGCCUUUCCCAGGCACAAACUUUCCUGAAACAAGAAACGUUGACGAUGAUGAUUAUCCAGAGGAAGAUAGUUUUCCGCCAGAGAUGUCUCAGGAUGAGAGCCCGUCACUUGCGGGAUUGCCUCCACCUCCAUCUUACAUGGACGUAUUUACGGCUUCAGGACGGGCAAAAGACGAUGACGCAGAGGCGCCUUCGUCUUCUUACGGAUACUAUGCUGGCCAGUUAGAACGUCCUCCACCUUUCGAAGCCCACAGCAUCGAACCGCUGCCUCUUCUUCCUCAGCAUACAGCAGCCCCAUUGCCUCCGACUGAAGAAACCCCUUCUUUAGUUGGCCAGCCAAGCCGGCUACAGGAGCUUCGGCGCCAGUACAUUGAGUCAGAGCGGCAACGUAACUUGCUGCAGAAUGGGCACGAUACGAUGGUAAGCACUUACUCGGAUAUCGAUGACUCUGGGCUAGUGGUGCGCCAUCAACCCUCCUAUGCCAACGGCUCAGCGCCAGCUAGUACACCGUCUCCUCAGCUACCGUUACCGGAGCUGUGGGUACGCUGGAGUGAUGGUCCACUUGGUAUCACAUUCAAGCGUAAGAAUGGGCAGAUUGUGGUGUCACGACUAACUGGCUCGGGUUAUUCAUCGGGACUGACACAAUUACGACCUGGUGACUGGCUGGUGUCAUUCAACAAUCAAUCCACGCGCAACUUGCGGCUUGGCGAAACGAUGGAACUACUGAAACGCUUGCCGAAGCCUGUGGAUAUGUGCUUUAUCGUUCAGUAA